AUGGAUUUACCCUCUCAAUUUUGUCUCAAGGUUGUCGAAGAAGCUACCAUGGGUUACCGGGACGUGACUGAGGUAAAAGGGCGUCUUGCAAAGUUGUACUCAGAGUUGGACGAAAUCAAUGCACAGGAGAAGAUAAGGUUAGAAGAAAUGGAUAAGAUGACAACAUUACAUACGGCAAAGCUAGAAGAAGCGAGGGUUUUGUCGGGCCGUUUGCACCAGCUCCGGAAACAGCGAAUUGCACGCCUUCAGAGUGAAAUCCACGCAAUUCGUUCCACGCCAGGUUAUGCGGUUGGAAAUGACCAACCUGAUGAGAGGAUUAUCGAGGAGGACAGGGGUGGUGAUGUGGCUAUUUGUGGUGCUGAUGCUGGUAAUGCUGAUGAUGACCAGAAUCAAGAAGGGAAUGCUGAUGAUGAGGAUGAAGAUGAUGAGGACGAGGACUACGACGAUGAAGAUGUUGAGGACUACGACGCUGAAGAUGAUGAGAAUGAGGAAGAUGCAGAAGAUGAAGUUGAUGAGGAUGAGGAAGCGGCAGAAGAUGAAGAUGAAGAUGAUUAA